AUGGGCUUUACCAGUCGACGCCCAAUUCUGCCUGCGCCUACCGACUCGGAAUUAGGUCCGACUGACGACACUGGAAUUGAAACCGACCUGGGUACUGAUCUCUCACGGAGGACUGACAAGACAUCCGAUACCAUCCCGGACGACGGUACACCCAUUACGAUCACGACCGCACCUAAGCAUAAAGCCAAGGGCAAGCUUACGAAGACCCGACAACAAUCCCAGACUUCUCUCCUUAUUGAGUACUUUGAAGGGAACAAGGCAUCCGAGUCUGGCCAAAGACGACCAAGUCUGCGGGUCCGAUACACCCCGUCUCAUUCCAGGAAGAACAAGGACAAGGGGGAAGGACACAUCUUGGUCACCGAAUCUAAAUCAGCUCGGCGACCGUCACAGAGUCACCGUAUCGUCCUGGGAGGCAACGACUCUCUUGCCGAGAAUCCCAUCACGAGCGACAUAAGUUCACUGGAUCCUGCCGACGAUCUUGUCGCUGCCGCACCGGUUGAAGUCGAAGUAUUGCAAAGCACCCCCAGCGAGCUUUCAGACAGAAGCCCUUCUCCGGAAGACAGGUACAUUGAACCAGGAUCAGACAUCUCUUCUAUGCCCGCUGAGAGCUCCCUCGGACCACAUCAAUCUAUCAGCAUGGUUCCAUCAAAAGAGACCGGUAGUGGCGUUAAAGGUACUUCUUAUGACGGGCCUAUGCUGAAGCCACCCGUGAUCCCGGCGGAACGCAAUCUAAGUAACGAGCGAAUCACUCAAAAGGUCAUAGAGAAACUCAGCAACAAGCCUAGACCAUCCACGAAACGACAACACAGCAGUCAAAGUGGAAGUCGCAGCAGCGUCAGCAGAGAGGCUGAAGAACCGAUUCGCGAAGCUCGAAUUCGUGUCACUAAGCCUGCCGAAGAUCAAUCCGCUCCGAGUGCCACAGGAUCUAGUCUUGUUAGCGGCUCGCAGCUAUCUGCAGACCAUCGGUCCGCCGACCAACGUUCAGUACGCUCCGGUGCUUCGAACGUCUCCAUCACGAAUAACCCCAGACUAUUGCAAGCAGUUGAAGAUGCCAUCAAACGCAUGAUACUACCCCAGCUUGAUGAGAUAAGAAGAGAUCAGAAACACUCCCAUCGCUCGGGUCAUGAUAAACUAAAUACACCUUCAGACGUUUCUUCCAGUACUAUUUCUCGAGACGACAGAUCACGGCGUAAGUCGUCAGGGAGCAAAUCAAAGCGACGUGAAAGUCGUGACUCGGAGUCUGGCUUGGCUGUAGGCUCUUCCCGCCGCCGUAGAAGUCACAAGGUUGAAUACGACUCACCAUCCGAGCAAAGCUACGACCAAACGGAGUCGCUUGAUAGCAACAGCAUACGCGAGGAGAAGAAAUCCCGGAAACAUCGAAGUCACCGCGCUCGAGACGUCGCCUCAGGAGCUCUUGGUGGAGCAGCCCUGACCGCGGCGGCUCUCAAAUCUCAUGAUUCUGGUUCGAGUCUCGAGUAUUCAGAGCACCGAAGACGGCGGAGAAGCAAGAGUCGCAGCAGUCGGAGUACCAGCAUUGCAGAGAAGGAAGAUGCCUUCCAAAAACACCACGUUCCUCCUAUGCCAUUUGUCAGUGAUCUCGGGACCGACUUGACUCGAAGUUCCCUAAAGUCCUCGAAUGAUGGCAGAUCUGAGACUCCAACCCGACGUGAGGUUCGGGAAGUAAUACGUGGCUCCCCCCUCGAAGCCCCUUCACCAGGGUCGUUUACACCCACGCGAAACUCUUUUGACCUAAAGAGAGGACUUGGCACCCAUCAUGGCAAUCUCUCAGAACAUAAUUUGUCGGGACCUGAUAUCUCAUCCAGGAAGGAGACGCUCGACGAGGACGUAGCUGACCGUUCUGGGGAAGUGGACGAUGUUGACUUUGCGACUCAUGGCUUUGCUGCCCUAACUGAUCCUGAGCGAGCGAGAGCAUAUGAGAGAAAUCUGCAUCAACAGCAUCCGAUCAGAAGGGGUCUAAGCCCUAUACAGAGUGUUGCUAGCUAUCAAACCACCGAGCCUAAUCGCACAUCCAUCAUGCACGCAAAGAGUUCUGAGUCUAUCAACUCACUGAAAAAGACUUCUCAGAUGGACGACCAAAUAUCCGUGUCCUCGAUAUCGUCGGCACCUAGUACUGAUUUGGCUCGCUCUCGACGACCUCAAGGUAUCAGUCUGGAGAACCGCAGUGAGAUCAUGGGACAACAUCCGAGUUCAUACGAAAGCACACCACGGCAAGCAGAGGUCGAUGUUUUUGAAGAACAAAGUCGCGAAAACGAGAGUUACCGCGAUGAGCCUUACAUUGAUAAGGUUACGGCUGGACAACAGGUUGGCCAAGUAUCAGGCGCGACUGCAGAGUAUGUAGAGUCUCCAACAGGCGUAGAAUCUGCCGUGGCAUCAUUGAUUGAGCCAUCGGUUGUUGAUUCUGCCAACCACUACUCACCGCGUCUGAGUCAAGCAGACUCUUACGGCGCGCAAGAAGAUCAGAGCCCAUAUCACUCUCAUCGAGGAAGUCCCCUGAAGCACCAAGUGUCACAUCACAGCUUAGGCGAACGAAGUUUUCCCGGAGGUAUGGACACAAUGAAUUCCCCUGCCCAGAGUCCUGCCCGCUCGAUGGAUCAUUUCGACGCUGUUCCUGCUCAACCAGCCGUUCAAUCAGCAAGAAAUCCGCCUUUGGAUCAAUCCGAGCGGUCACCAGACUCAGACAUCACAACCAAUCCCUCGAUCAUUAGAGGCCCCAUUGGUGGUAUAGCCCAAGGUAGUACUGAUCACUGGCCUUACGACCCGACACCGCCACGUUCACAUGCAGAGCUGGUUCUCCCGCCAGUGAGCAGAGACAUAGGCUCUGCUGGCACCGACCUGAUUCCACAAGCGUUAUCAAUUAAUCGUGGCUCCGACUUGGAUCAGAAGGGUGACCUGUACUUGAAAGCACCACCACUAGCAACACCACCUGGAGGCAAGGAUGAAGGCUAUGAAACUGGUGCCAAUGCUCCCUCACCUGGCCCGUAUUCCAACAAGGAGAACUUCGCCGUCAAUGCUCCUCUUGAGGACGACCCUUUUGCCACCGGUCGGGACAAAUAUGUCAGCGGCUUGUCUCACGGCCUUUCACCAAUGUACGAUAGUGCUUCUGGGCGCGGCCGCGACAACAUCCAGUCAAAAGAUAUUGUCGCGCUCAUGGACCAUCUGACAGUGCGUGAUGCCCAACGCAAUGCUCGAGACACGGAAAUUCUCGUGACAUUAGUCCGGAGUGCAGCUGAAAUGAGAAACUCGUUCGAGGACAUGAAAAAAUUCAUAGCUGAACAGGACGGGAUGAUCAUGGACACGGCUGAUAGACAACAUCAGCAGACACAAAAGAUUAUCAGUGGACCUCGGCCACAACCGGUGACGCCUCGCGCUGCCACCUCCGCAGCUUCGGAGGAGGAAUUUCCCUCGAAACGGCGCAAUGUCUUUCAACGAGCACUCCGUGGCCUCGGUGCUAAGAAUACGCAAGAGCUACAAAAUAUCGAGAACAUGCUGAUACGACUCCUUGACGAGGUGGAAGGACUUCGAGCUAUUCAGUCCACUACAGUCCCCCAAAACCAGCCCAGGUCUACGAGUUUAGCCUCAGCAGACAAUGCCCAACCUCCAACUGAUACUGGUUAUGAACCAGAAGGACAGGCCGGUACAUCGUCUACCGGAGACCGUUCUGGCUUCUUUUCCAACAACUCUUCUCGCCAAGCAGACUACCGGAAUUAUAGCAUGCAACGAGAUGCUUCGAAUCGAAUAAGUACAGUGAUGGAAGGGGACGAGGAAUAUGAUGAUUACGGCAAUGGUCUUGGUACAGCUACUGCUGGAAAUGCUCAAGCCAUGUCACAAGCAACCCCAACACGAGCUGAUCCUGGUCGACAAGCCAGAGGCGGAUCGGUACCUUUAAAUACGCCGCCUCGGACGCAUGUUCCACACAUGGGCUCGUUGAGUAACGACAACACUCCUCAGCAUUCCGCAAAUGACGGCUCUAGCCGUAAGCACAAGACAUUUUCGUCUUCUUUUAUUCCCAAGAUGGUCUCGAGGUGGUCCAAGACUACAGCCUCAACGGACAAUUAUCGAACAAGCAACCAACGAAUCCGCCCAUUCUCUGAAGUUUCUCGCUCUGGCUCAAACUUGGGAGAAUACGAGUACGAAAAUGAUCCUCAAGGUGACGAUCGAAUUCGUUCUCAAGGCUCAUUCCAACAAGAACACUAUCAGGAUGAAGAAAAUCGUCCACGUUCUCCCCUGUUACCCAGCCAGGUGUCAGAUAACCCUAAAUACCAGGCACACCGGAACAGCAUGAAUCUUCAACACCCUCAACCUCGACAAGGUCCAACGGGACGGUAUCAGUCUCGGUUAGAAUCCGAGGCCCAGCUCUACAAUGACGAAUUCUCUCCAACCUCUCAGGCCUCUUUACAUUGGGAUAACCAACCUGGCUUGCGAAACCCAGAUGGCGCCGCCGCCAUGUACGGAGGUCAUGUCAGCCCGAGCUCUGAUUUGACCUACUCCAGAGAUGCCGGCAUACCCCACGACAACAGAAGCGCUGUGUCUUCUCAGGGUCCGCCGCGGCCACCGAAGAUUCCAAACGAUGAGCCUUUGGUGCCUCAACGCCCUCCCAAAGAGAUGAUGAGCCCUCCUCCUUCGAAUCGACAACAGACUUAUGUCGAUCAUGUAGCUGCUGCACGCGCAGGUAGUCCAGCAUUUGACAAGUCUCCUGUCGCAGCUUUGCGAUCUCCCCAAAGUCAAGGACGCAAGCCCUCUGGACCUAGGCCACUUAUGGCAGCAAGUGGCUCGAAGGGUGAUAUGAACACUGUCAAGAGAACUCGAUUCAGGGGGAGUCCCAAUCAGAUCGACAGCGAGGAUGAGGCAAUGGCGGCGUAUUGA